AUGUACAUGCUCAGCAUCACCUUGUUCCUGCUUUCCGCCGUGUCCGCAAUACCGGCGCACCUGCCUCACACUCAUUUCAGCAUACAAAAGAGAACCCUGACACCAGACAACACCUGCGGAGCUGCUAAUGGCUAUAUCUGUAACCCCAACGACCCGUAUGGGGGAAGUUGCUGCUCGGCUUCCGGAUGGUGUGGAAACUCAGAGGCAUACUGCGCGACCGGAUGUCAGUCGGCCUUUGGAAGCUGUGCUUCCUCUGCUCCUGUUUCUGCAUCUCCGCAACCCUCUGCCACUCCGCAAGUUUCUGCAACUCCGCAGCCCCAGUCAAACGGGCCAGCAGUGCCAGGGACCUCACUAGCACCCAGCAAAGAGGGAUGCAUGUGGGUAGUAGAUGGCGCAGGCAGCUUUACGCACUCGCAGACCUUUGACUUCUCCACCUUAGCAUCUUUUCCCACAGAUGAUCUAGCUAUUAGCACCUACACCAUCGGAUCAUCGCCAUACACCCAGCUUUACACCACGUCCAAUGUAGCUGUCAACAGUGAAACUCUCCAACUCAAAGUACCCGGAGGCCAGAGCGCAUCUCCCAUUCUCGGCGCCGAGGUCUCGACUCAAGACGAAGAUAUUCUCUACGGUAGCGUACGCACUACGAUGAAGGCCAGCACAGUCGCUGGCACAUGUCACGGCGCCUUCUUCUACAAGGACGACAAUCAAGAAGUGGACAUCGAGCUCAUCACCGGCGAUACAUGGAAGGGCGUGCAUUACACGAAUCAGAGAGCCAACGCCGACGCCGAAGCUAGCACAAUUCAAAUGGCUCUUCCAUCGAACGCAACGAAUGACUUUCAAGAGUACAGAAUUGAUUGGCUCCCUGGUCGUACGGAUUUCUAUCUGAAUGGCGAGCUGCAGCAAACACUGACGGACAAUGUCCCAUCCACUGCCGGGAGCUGGCUGUGGAACAAUUGGAGUAAUGGAGAUCCGGGUUGGACAGGCGCUCCCCCACUGCAAGACAACAUCAUGGAAAUCUCAAAGAUUGAAAUGUACUACAAUCGCACGAGCAGUGCAGGCUCUUGCUAA